AUAAGUGAUAAUAAGAGGAAACCUGUGGACAGAAAUGAAUCGGAUAUAGCGGUCAUUAAACUUACCGGCGGUACUAAUGAUGGGAGGCGUCGAUUAGUGGCCAAAACACAUUCAAAUCUCAUUCACGCCAUUCAACAAAUGCAAGACAAAGAGAUUUUAUGCAACAAUAGUGAAGAUGUGAUCAUUUUGUUACCAUUUGACAAACUGUUUGCCAUUGAAUUUCUUAUGAGUUCAUUAGUCGGCGGCUCUAAGACAGUGAUAAUUAAUGGCACUUUUGACACAAACAUUGGUUCAUAUUUGGAUAGCAUUCAAAGUUAUAAAGUCUCAAAACUGAUCUGCUUUUCAUCGGAUGUAAAUCUAUUGAUCAAAAAUGAAGUCAAUCUCUUAUAUAACAUGUCGAGUAUUAAAGAAAUUUUAUAUAUCGGAGUCUUUGAUGACUACAAUAAUGUGAGACAAAGUGUGGAGAAUAUGUUUAAAUGCAGAUAUUUUAGAGGAGUUUACGGGACCACAGAAUCGGGAGUAAUUGCCUGUUUGCGCAAAACAAAAUCAUUUCAAUACAACUCGUAUUCUUCGGGACAACUGAUAAGUGGGACACAACUGAAAAUAGUUGAUAUGAAGAGUGGCGAUACACUACCCGCCCAUCGGAUCGGAGAAAUUUGUGUUAAAAGCAAACAAUUAGGACACGAAUAUCUAUCGGACACUAAUAAUGCCUCAAAAGCCAAUAAUAUGACAAAUGAUGGUUAUUUUAAGACAUCUGACGCCGGAUAUUACGAUAGCGACGGCAAUGUGUAUAUCGAGUCCAAUGCGUCCGACAUUAUAUACAUUGAGGAUCAGAUGUUUAAACCAAAUGAACUCCAAUUACUGCUUUUGUCACAUCCAGAUGUCAUCGACACUACAGUUAUCGGCAUUCAUUGCGAAGACAUUGAUCCCGAUUACGAUACUGUGGCCGCAGAUGAAGACCAAGAAUGUCCAUCGAAUGAUCAAUUGAACAACACUUUUAAGAUAUUUGUUGUGCUCAAAGUGGGUUCAGAGACAACAGAUCUGGACUUAAUUAACUACAUUAACGAUAGGGUUGAGCCAAUCAGACAAAUAGAUUCCGGUAUUUUC